AUGUUCCAAAUGAAGCACAUUGAUGGCGGCCCUUCAACGCCGGGCAAAUUCAAGAUGGAAAAAUCGUCUUACAAUCGGCUCAGGCUACAAUCAUCCCUAGCCAAGCUCACUUUCUGGUCCUUCCUGUUCAUGGGCUUCAUCUUCGUCUUCUUUUUCAAAUCGCCAUCGUCGUCGUCGUCCUCCUCCUCCUCCUCGUCUCCCUCAGAUCCCUCCAGAAGGUUCCUUCGCACCAGCGCCUACGCCGGUCCCGAAUUCGAGAAGCGCGUCCGCGACUCCGCCAGAAUCCGGUCCGGACACGGGAUCUCCGUCCUCGUCACCGGCGCCGCCGGUUUCGUCGGCACCCAUGUUUCCUCCGCCCUCCGCCGCCGCGGCGACGGCGUCGUGGGCCUGGACAAUUUCAACGACUACUACGAUCCCGCCCUGAAACGGGACCGCCAGUCCCUCCUCGAGCGCAGCGGGAUUUACAUCGUCGAGGGCGACAUUAACGAUUCCGGUUUGCUGUCCAAGCUUUUCGACAUCGUCAAGUUCACCCACGUCAUGCAUCUGGCGGCUCAGGCCGGCGUGCGCUACGCCAUGGAAAACCCUAGCUCGUAUGUCCACAGCAACAUAGCGGGCCUCGUCACCCUUCUCGAGGCCUGCAAGAGCGCAAACCCUCAGCCCGCAAUCGUGUGGGCCUCGAGCAGCUCUGUCUACGGGCUGAACACAAAAGUCCCGUUUUCCGAAAGAGACAGGACGGAUCAGCCUGCCAGCCUGUACGCUGCCACCAAGAAAGCCGGAGAGGAGAUUGCGCACACGUACAAUCACAUUUACGGGCUCUCCCUGACCGGAUUGAGGUUCUUCACGGUAUACGGGCCUUGGGGCAGGCCCGAUAUGGCCUACUUCUUCUUUACCAAGGAUAUCCUAAAAGGGAAGUCAAUUCCAAUCUUUGAGGCUGCUAACCACGGCACGGUGGCUAGAGAUUUUACCUACAUUGAGGAUAUUGUUAAGGGCUGUUUGGCUGCAUUGGAUACGGCCGAGAAGAGUACGGGCAGCGGGGGCAAGAAGAAGGGCUCGGCCCAAUUAAGGGUUUACAAUCUGGGGAACACUUCGCCUGUGCCCGUGUCGGAUCUUGUGAGCAUUUUAGAGAAGCUGCUUAAGGUGAAGGCUAAUAGGUCGAUCAUGAAGCUGCCUAGGAAUGGUGAUGUGCAGUUUACGCAUGCAAAUAUAAGCUUGGCACAAAGGGAGCUCGGGUAUAAGCCCACCACUGAUUUGCAGACGGGAUUGAAGAAGUUCGUCCAUUGGUACUUAGGUUACUAUGUGAACAAGAAGAAAAGCAUGCAGUGA